AUGGAUUUGAUAGUUAUUGGUCCAAUAGCUAAACUUGACCGAACUAGCAAUAUACCGAAAUUUAGGCAAUACGACAAGUCGAAACUUGAACACGUUCCCAGAGACAUACAAAACAGCACAGAAUUUUACCGAACAGCCGAAAAAAAAACCUUGGGUCCAUCGCCAAUUUUAACAAGUGAAGAAGAGGCUUUGUUAGUUAGCUGGAUAAAAGAUAAUGCUGCAAAGGAUGUUCCAAGAAAGGCUAACGAUUUUGAGAGUACAAAGAUUUUUGAGUGUUAA